UGUGCUAUGUUGUUUCAUACUAUAGCAAAGCUCAAAUUUCUGGGGUGUAGACAUUGCUUGCGUCACCCUUCAUACAUCUAUAGUAGAGACAGACAGAAGCAUAUGUUGUUUGCAAAGGCAGCAAUUUGUCCAUCACUCAAAGACAAGUAAAUGAAUUUGAUGUGCAGGUCUGAGGCCAAAGUAGCUCUCACCUUAUUUUCUUCACGCCAUUAAAAAUAUUGGUGACACUUCUAUCUGCCAAUCUGUCCUGUUUUUGAGUCUCUUAAAAUAGAAGCCACCGGGGUCAUAGGAUGAAACCUUUGAGUAACGGCUGCAAGAUUCACGAGGAAUAAAUCUCAGCAGCCUCUUAAAUAAAUGAAUUAAACGGGCAAUUUGCCUGCCCGACUCCAUCCCGCAAACUCGAACGCAAAGUGCUGUUUUCCCACCUGCGUUCUUUGGAUUUAUGAACUUGGCUGGAUUACAUUCAGGGCUGGUAAAAGACUGCGGCCUAUCACUGACGCACAAAGUCUGCGUCUGGCUCUCAUUUUUAUUGAUCCAGUCAUCCAUCCUCUCUGAAUUUACAAGCACAGAACAUGCAGAAGGCUGGACGGGGGUCCGUGAUUAAGAUUGGGAGACGUAACGUGGAGGUGCUAUGACAGACAUAUAAAAGAAGGGGGUAGAAAUGGGAAGGGUACUUUGAGACGAGACCUCCUGGCUGAAGACACACUUUGUGUACGUUUCGUCAUGCUGUGUAAACUGAAUUUGGUUUUUGCUGUUCUUCUUGCAGUUUUAGAGGUGCUGCUUGGACACCCGGUGGUACACACGGCAGAUAUGACCUACGGCAGGCCAGUUCUUGUAGAAGAUGAGCAGGUGGUCAGUCCUGAAGAUUUGAGUUACUCUGAGCAGGCGUUUCUGUCCCAGGGGGCUGAGAGAUUCGGCUACCCAUCCAUCAUCACUGGAGACCUCGGCAGUGACGGUCUCCGAACAGCCGGAUUCGUCCCCAGCCAAGCUGUAAAAGAGGUUCUGUUGGAGAAGCCGUUGAUGAAUCCUCUGAGUCGUUUUCUUGGCAGUAGGAAGCAAUACCACAAGAGAGGAAGCAAUACAGAGUGUUUCUGGAAAUACUGCGUCUGAAAACAUCAAGAAACUCGAGCCCUUACGAAAAAGACACAUACACGCACCUUCAGCUGCACAAAAGUAGUCUGAUGCACUAUUUGCAAAAACUCU